AACAACAGUAACUAUAUGGGGCAUUCAAAAACAUGUCUAAUGUAUUUAUGCACAGUGAUAGGUCGGUCAACCCCGAUGCCUGAUGUCACGCACUUGGAACUACUGGUAGUGGUUGGAUCUGAUGUCCAGCAGGUCCACAACCAGGAUACCGAACGCUACAUACUCACCAACCUCAACAUCGCCUCAGAACUGUUGAGGGACAUGACUUUGGGAGCCAAUAUGAGGGUGCACCUGGUUCGCAUGAUCAUCCUGUCCAAACCAGAGUCAGAGAUCCGAAUGUCAACAAACAUCACCUCUUCUCUCCGAAGUGUGUGCGACUGGGGCUCCCGCUUAAAUCCGUCUAAUGAUACGGACCCACUGCAUGCUGAUCUCCUCUUGUACAUUACAAGGUAUGACCUGGUGUUGCCUGAUGGAAACAAGCAGGUCAGGGGAGUUACACAGCUGGGAGGUGCUUGUUCCAGUGAGUGGAGCUGUGUGAUCACAGAGGACACUGGAUUUGACCUGGGGAUCACUAUUGCUCAUGAGAUUGCACACAGUUUUGGCAUCAAUCAUGAUGGAGUGGGGAACACAUGCAGUCGGAAUGGCUUCAUGAUGGCCUCUGAUGGCGGCUACAACAGUGUGGAUCUGACCUGGUCGCCCUGUAGCAGACAUCAGCUGCUCACUUUUUUCAGCGAAGGCAAUGCUGAGUGUGUAAAGGAUCUACCAGCCGUUGAAAGCUCCCUACAGGACUGGAAGCCUGGCCUCUAUUAUGGUGUGGAUGACCAGUGUCGAAUAGCUUUUGGAAGUAAUGCAAGAAGCUGCUCAUUUACAGAUCCAGAUAUGCCAAUGUGUAGGGUUCUAUCUUGUCACACGAACACAAAUGAUGACAAUUCCUGCAAACGUCUUCUAGUACCUCUGCUAGACGGGACCCAAUGUGCACCAAAUCAAUGGUGUUUGAAGGGACGUUGCGUGUUCCCGGACCAGCUCAGCACCUCGGCAGUGGUGCAUGGCUCUUGGUCCAGCUGGUCGGGGUUCUCCCACUGCUCACGAACAUGUGGCGGCGGAAUCGUUCGCCGCACGCGCCAAUGCAACAACCCGAGACCCGCUUUUGGGGGAAAGGAUUGUGUGGGGAUAGAUAUUGAGGCUGAACUUUGUAACAGGCAGCCAUGUGAACGCACCCAGCUGGAUUUCAUGGCUGAGCAAUGUUCCCACACUGAUUUCCAACCGCUAUACCUUCAUCCACACCAGGCCUCCUUCUACACCUGGAUCCCUGCAGUGGGCUUCUCACAAGGUGGGGAAAAAAAAAGCUACUCAUCCUGUGAAUUUAGUUUUGAAGUGUUCCUGCUGUCGUCAGGUGAUGACCAAUGCAGAUACAUGUGCCAGUCCAAGGGAGAAGCCUUCAUUGUGAGCCGUGGAUCUCAGUUUGCUGAUGGGACACGGUGCGAGGCUGAUGGCCAACUUCCUCCUGGCUCAAUAGCUGCUUGUCUGCAAGGGAAAUGUCUGCUCUUCGGCUGCGACGGCGUGUUGCACUCUGGGAAAGUGAGAGAUGUGUGUGGUUUGUGCGGUGGGGAUGGCUCUUCCUGCACACUGACCACGGAAUCUUACACUGGAGGUCAGGCAAAAGAGUACACCACUUUCUUGUCUUUGCCAUUGAAUGCUACGCAGGUUUAUAUCAUCAACAGGGCACCUUUAUUCACUCACAUGGCUGUAAUAUAUGGAGAUGAAUAUAUUGUCUCCGGGACUGGUAGAAUGGCAUUAAAUAUGACCCAUCCCUCUCCACUGGAUGAAAACUGGUUACAAUACCGCCUACAUCUGACUCCUGACCUCUUGCCGGAGAAGGAAGAGCUACUGCUUCCUGGACCAGUACAAGUGCAGAUCGACAUACAGGUUUAUCGCAACUAUGGAAAAGAAUAUGGAGAGAAAACAAACCCCAACAUUAGUUAUCAGUUUUAUGUUCCAAAUGAUCACAGUGACUUGACAGAAAUUAAACUUGAAGGCAUAUGGAGCCUUACGACAACCCCCUGCUCCGUCUCCUGUGGCUUAGGUAUACAGAAGCAUCAGUAUGCAUGUGUGGACAAAGACACAAAAACACAUCUGGAAGGACACCAUUGUUCUGCGUCUUCUCCAUCUUUACCACCGCAUACAUCCUGUCAGCUCCCAGCCUGCCCACCAAGAUGGAUCACGGGAAAUUUUGGAUCCUGCAGCUCUUCUUGUGGUAGAGGAGAGAGAAUACGUUCUGUAACAUGUGUACAGAAACAUGGCGCGGAUGUUGUGAGGGUUCGGGAUUCAGACUGUCCAGCUGAUUCAGCUCCGAAUGCUGUUGAAAAAUGUAAUCUUCCACUUUGUCCUGCCAGGUGGCAUGUGUCAGAGGCAGGGAACUGUUCAGCGGUGUGCGGGCCAGGAGAAAUGAAACAAAACGUGUCAUGUGUACGGCAAGAAGACGGCCAAGAAGUUGAAGUUGAUGAAAGAUUCUGCUCAAAUAAAAUAAGACCUGCUGAAUCUGUGCCCUGUGUAGUGGACGUCUGUCCCAUUGGGUGGGACGUAACGAGAGAGGACCUGCCUGCUUUAAAGUCUGGCUUGAUGCCACGCUCUAGACAAGCCCCUGUGUUUGUGUGGAGUCCGGUUAUCAUUCAGUGCUCAAAAACAUGUGGCAAUGGAACGAUGCAAGUGUGGUUCUCUUGUGUGGACCAUGACACCAAAUGGAUGGUACACGAUUUCCACUGUGACCCUUCAACCAAACCUCCGCCAAAAUCUGAGAACUGUAAUACACUCCCUUGCCCUCCUAUGUGGCGAUCUAAGCCAGGCGUCUGCAGCACAACGUGUGGCAGAGGGGUUGCCAACACAGUGCUGUACUGUGCUCAGGAGAAAGAUGGAGAAGAGAAGGUACUGGAGGAUUCUGAGUGCAGGGACCUUCCAAAACCGACAGCAGUGGUGCCAUGUAACACCCACAACUGCCCGGCAAGGUGGAAGGUUCAGAGUACGUCGCCUUGCUCUCUAUCUUGUAACCUGGGUGUAGCUCACAGGAAUGUGUCCUGUGUCCAGUUUGCCCAAGGGAAGGAAACUGUGGUGCUGGAAGAGAGAUGUCAUACAUCAGUCAAACCUGCUAGCACGGUGCCAUGCCUUGUACAGGUGUGCACCUUUAGGUGGGAAGCAAAGCCAUGGAGCCAGUGUUCAGUGUCCUGUGGAUAUGGCAUUCAGUCCAGAACAGUGUCAUGCAUGGGCCCCUCGAAGCCAGAAUCCCUCAACCCACCACUGUGCAUGCACAUACCCAAGCCGAUCACCAUCCAGGGCUGCAGCAUGGACACCUGCACGGAUCUGUCACCGAGCUCAGUAGUAACUCUAGCUAUGCAUCCUGCUUUGGAGGAUUCUCACCCAUCUCACACUCCAUAUACAAUUAGAAAACAGCACCGCAUGGGUAAUCUUCCUCCGAGUCCAUCUAAGACACUCACCAUCCUGCAGUCCAGGAAAGCAACCAGUCCUUCAACUAAACCCCAUCCAUGUGGAGAGCUGCUCCUGCAAGAAUCCGACACAGUGGACUUGAGCAACAUUACUGGUUCCUGCAUGGUGGCCAUUGGCCGGCCCCUGGAUGAGGUCAUUCACGUCAAAGUAGAGUCAAGUUCCUUAAACUGCAGAAAGAGAGAACAUGCUCUAUUUUUCGACCGACUGGCGCUUGUGAGGAAGUGCGAGCAGGCAGGAGGCAGCACGCUGACCACCAGAACCAAUGUCCUUCUUGUGCGCCAGAAUCUUCUCACUUCAGGGAAUGGCAUCGUGUUCACCUACAGCUCACAGAGAAAUACGAAAAAGAGCCACCGUCAAAAUUGUGACAAGCAGCUGUUUUCCUCCAGCGGGGUAUUUGAGAAUCCAACAAACUCUGACACUAACCACACCUGUCGGGUGCUUAUCAAUGCCCCUCCCUCGGUGAAGAUAAGAAUCCAAGCAGUGCACAUCGGAUUGGUAUUCAAUGCCACAAAUUCACACUCUUCAUACAUUAUGAUCCGGGACACGGACAUGCUGAAGACUAAAGUGUUUAAAGGCACACAACUGUUUCAAUGGCACUCCUCUGGAAACAUGGCCGAGGUUGAAUUCCAUGGAGAUUACCAGCAUACGGCGGGAAGCUUCAGAGCGGAAUAUUCUUUUGUAUAAUUUUUAAAUGUUUUGAUUUCUUCUUAAAUAGGAUUUUUUUUUUUUUACAUAUUUCUAAUUAAGCCAGAUUAGCGGUUGUCAUGAGCAAGUAGAGGUAAGUGAGCAGUCAGAAUGUUCUAGUUCAAUUAGAUGUUAAAUUUAAAAACUACAAUGUGCAAAUUUGGUUCAUA